AUGAACGGUCUUAAUCAUCCUACUGUGCUCAUACCAGUCGGUAAAGAGCGCGAACUCCCCGAACAGGCGGUGAUGGUCCUGAGAGCUCUGUGGGCUCGGCUGGGUUACCAGGCUAAUUCAUUCGUCGAAAUGCAAGUGGAAAUCGCGAAGGAGCUCGUCCAUGCUGAUUUUGCUAAGUUUGAGCGAGAGAUGCUGUGUAACGAGGUCAACAGCUUGAGACAAGAGCUCGAUCUAAUCCGAGCUGAUCGGAAUGAACAGAUUCGAAAAGCCGAGGUGGCCCAAGCCAAGCUAGCCGAAGUGAUCGACUCAGAGCAGCGUACGUUCCACGCGCUGGUAGCCGAGCGGGAGAUAGCGAAGCGGGCAAUCGAGCAGGCGGAGAAGGGCGUGCACCAGGUGGUGAUGGCCAAAGAGAAGGAGGCCGUACGUGCGGGAGCGAUGAGUGAAGAGAUCCAUCGACUGGAGAAGGAGCGGCUGGCUGCGGUCUUAUAUGCACGCACGGCGGAAGAGCAGGCCGCGAUGGCGAACAUCACCGCCAAGACAGCCGCAGCGGUGGCCAUGAGCGCCGUCCAGAACAGCCAAGCCGGUACCCCACGUGUCGCAUACGCAUCCUCACCCGCACGCAGCCCAGCCAUCCUGCCGCUCGCCAAUCCGAUGAAUCAGCCGCACUGUGUUCGCCCCACCACUCCCUCCGGCUCUCUCCAUCCCAACCAUCGCUCGUCGACCCCACGCUCGGGCCUGGCCGGCUCGCCACACCCUGUCUCCCCGCGACCUCGCACCCCUCGUUUAUCUUCACCCAUGGCCCGACUUAGCACCAAUAAUUGGUCCGAGACGGACGAGGCUAUCCUUCAAUCUAAGAUCCGCGAACGAACUAUCGAAGCGGAAGAGGAUCGGCUUGCCGCCGAGGUAGCCAGACUCGCUGAAGACCGCAUCAAGCUCCGAUUUGAUCGAGAUCGACUCGCCUCCCCCAUGCAUCAUACUCCAAAGGUCACCUACCACGACCUUCGAAAUUGA